CGGAUGGGUCUCUGAAACAGUGAAACAUUUGGUAGUGACCAAAACUAGACAGCGUUUCCCCAGACGUCAUUUUUUUUUUAGCCGUAUUCAAUUCUUCCAUCCUUUUUUUCCCGCGACACUACUGGACAGAGGAGUGCUCGCCGACAUCAUUACCCAACAUCACGAUAUGGCGACCAGUGUGGAUGCGAAGCUCUUACGAGCGACGAAAUUCCCUUCCGAGUUCAAUCAAAAGGUUGACAUGCAGAAAGUCAAUCUCCAGGUCAUGAAGAAAUGGAUCGCGAGCAAGAUUUCCGAAAUCCUCGGAUCUGAAGAUGAUGUUGUCACUGAACUCUGUUUCAACUUAAUUGAAGGCACUCGAUAUCCUGAUAUCAAGUCCAUGCAAAUUCAACUCACAGGUUUCCUCGACAAAGAUACGGCGCCUUUCUGCAAAGACCUCUGGAAUCUUUGUUUAAGCGCACAGUCUAAUCCUCAGGGUGUUCCAAAAGAGCUCCUCGAGGCCAAGAAAUUGGAACUCAUCCAAGAAAAGAUCGACGCGGACAAAGCCGCCGAGGAAUCCCGAAUUAGACGGGAAACCCAAGAACGCCGUGAUCGCGAACUAUCAGAUAUCCGAGAUCGAGAACGACGAGACCGUAACUUCCGUGGUGGUCGUGGCGACAAUUGGCGCGGUAAUAGACGUGGUGGUGAUCGAGCUUUUGGAGGCCGUGGAAGAGGGUUUGGCCGUGGCGGCGAUCGAUCCUUGUCGCCACCAAGACGAGAACGGGACUCAUAUCGUAGUGAUCGUGACCGCUACAUUCCAGAUCGUCGCGGGAGCCGACAAGAAUAUCGACGCGGACGUUCCCCAUCUCGCUCUACAACAUCAAACUCGAGAGACUCCGCGUCUCGUUCUAGAUCAUCCAGCACGGUUAGCGACCGUAGUCGGAGACCAAGUCUUCGAUCUCCUUCACCACCACGUCGUUCUAGACGACGAUCCCCACCUCGAUAUAGGGCGCCCGCAAAGCGAAAUCGAUCUUCAGACCGAGGAAGAGGUUAUAGGUCUCGGAGAGAAGGCCGCAGAAGAAAUACUUCUUCGCUAGAGAGCGCCAGCAGAUCCGACAGUAGCAGGUCCCGCUCGCCAGCACCUAAAAGGCGUAGAUAUUCGGACUCGCCUAGUCGCUCAAGGUCUCCUCCCCGACGUGAUGCUCGUCGGCCGAGCCGUUCCGUAUCAUCCUCUUCCCGAUCGCGUAGUCGCAGCCCGAGGCGAAGGGCGGUUCGCGAACUCAUCAGUCGUAGUCCUUCACCUAACCGCCGUGGGAGAUUAAGACGAUCUCCAACACGAAGUCCUAGUCCGCUAGAGUCACCGGAUGGCUCUAGACGGCCUCGACAGAGAAGUCGACGAAGGAGAAGUAGAGAGGAUAGCGAAGCUAGAGAUAUCCCUUCGAGAAGGCGGAGAGAUUCUGCUGACUCCCCUCGUACCCGUAACAGAUCGGCUGAUAUUUCGGAAGAUGAAGAUAGAUCCCAAUCCCCCAAACGCCGCGCAGCCGCUGAGGCUGAUGAGGUUCGUUCCGCUUCUUAGGGAGUUCCGUCUCGUGUUACGCGUUCAGACAGAGAACUGACCUUCGCAUUCUUCAUCAGACCCAUACUUCAAAGCAGCGCACCAAUGAGCUGCGAGAAAAGCUUCUAAAGGAGCAAAUAAAGAAGAUGAGAGGCACCUCAAAUAGAGAUAAUGUUAAAGGGUCAGGCUAAUCUUCCUAGACUUGCAGGACUGGUUGAUUCGGUCAUCCUUGGACGUUAAAAACCCCGGCUGCCAAGUCUGAUUUCAUUUUGGUAUUGUCUUCGAGAUGAUCAGACAAUAGAAUUUACUA